CAGAAAGAUCAACGGAGCCACUAUAAUAAAAAAGUUCAACUUUUUCACUUCUCUCACCCUUCCCGUAUUUUGAAGUUGUUUCUCCUCCAUUUUCUCUCCAUCAAUCUCAAUCCCUAAUCACACCUUGCCUUCACUCAGAGAUGUCGGAAGCACCAUUUAGACCACGUGAAAAGCUUUUCGAGCAGCAAAAAUAUUACCAGAGUGUUCACAAGUACACACACUUGAAAGGACCAUAUGAUAAGAUUACAUCUGUUGCAAUACCGCUUUUUCUGGCAGGAACUUCAAUUUUCAUGAUUGGACGAGGGAUCUAUAAUAUGUCACAUGGAAUUGGGAAGAAAGCAUGACUUUGCAAAUUAUGAUUGAGGAAGUGGGGUGUUUUGCCGCACAAACUUUAAAGAAUUUUUUGGUCAAAAUGGACCAGUGAUUUUCUUUGCAUUCAUGAUUGUUCUCUUAAUAAAUUGCUUAGUUGCAUACUCUGAUCACUAUUAAAGGUUUAUAACUCAAAUGAAAAUGUUUCUCUUUGUUUGAUAUAAUCAAUUGAUUAUUCAGAUUACAA